GGCCGGGCCGGGAGCGGCGCCAUAAGAGGCGUGCCGCCGCCUGACUCCUCAGCGCUGCUGAGCGCUGCGUCGGGUCCGGGCCGGGAGCUGCGGUGUCGUUGCUGCUGUUUGUUUGCGGCUAUGGGUUCCCGGGCGUCUACGCUGCUCCGGGACGAGGAGAUUGAGGAGAUCAAGAAGGAGACGGGCUUCUCCCACAGUCAAAUCACUCGCUUGUAUAGUCGCUUCACCAGCCUAGACAAAGGAGAAAAUGGCACUCUUAGCCGUGAAGACUUCCAGCGGAUUCCAGAGCUUGCCAUCAAUCCUCUGGGAGACCGAAUUAUCAAUGCCUUUUUUCCAGAAGGGGAGGACCAAGUAAAUUUCCGUGGAUUCAUGAGGACACUAGCCCACUUCCGGCCCAUAGAAGAUAAUGAAAAGAGCAAAGACCAGAAUGGACCAGAACCACUGAACAGCCGAAGUAACAAGCUCCACUUUGCUUUUCGGUUAUAUGAUCUAGAUAAAGAUGACAAGAUUUCCAGGGAUGAGCUUCUUCAGGUGUUACGGAUGAUGGUCGGUGUCAAUAUCUCAGAUGAGCAGCUUGGCAGCAUUGCUGACAGGACAAUCCAGGAAGCUGAUCAAGAUGGGGAUUGUGCCAUCUCCUUUGCAGAGUUUGUAAAGGUUUUGGAGAAGGUGGACGUAGAGCAGAAAAUGAGUAUUCGAUUUCUUCACUGAUGGAUGGAGAACCUAUUCCUUUCUACCCUUACUAUACAAUGAAUAGAACUUCAUUAUUUCCUUACCACCUUCCCCCAAAGCAUUGUUACUGAUGCAUAUAAAAUACAUCUCCAACCCUUCACUGGUUUGUUCUACCAAUGUGAACAUUCCCUGUGCAUCAGGAACUAAGAGAAAUAGCUGCCAUGGAACUUGGAAAGGAGCAUUUAAAAGAAAUCUUUCCAUUUUUAAUUUUUA